AUGUAUCGCGUUCUUCACCGCGCUUUGUGCACCGCCACAGAGCCCGCCACCGUUAGCAUCAAGUCCAUUUCGGAGGAUCUGUACAAGGAAGUGAAGUUAAAAAGGGUGGUCGAGAAGUUCAAGAAAGCUUCCGACAUCGACCGCUUCCGCAAAAAAACCGGCAUCUACGAGGACACGGUGCGGCGCCUCGCCGGCGCCAAGCGCUUUCGGUGGGUCCGUGACAUCCUCGAACACCAAAAGCAGUACUCCGAUAUUUCCAAAGAGGGUUUCUCUGCGCGCCUCAUAUCCCUCUAUGGCAAAUCCGGCAUGUACAAACACGCGCGCAAGGUGUUCGACGAAAUGCCCCAGCGAAAAUGCGACUGCACCGUGCUCUCUCUCAACGCCCUCUUGGCUGCAUACCUUCACUCCGGGAAGUACGACGUCGUUGAAGAGCUUUUCAGGUCCCUCCCCUCCCAGCUCUCAAUCGAGCCUGAUUUGGUGUCGUACAACACUCUCAUUAAGGCGUUUUGUGAAAAGGGUUCCUUUGAUUCGGCAUUGUCAGUGCUUAAGGAGAUGGAGGAUAAGGGUGUGAACCCUGAUUCCAUCACGUUUAACACUUUGCUUGAUGGAUUGUACUCAAAGGGUCGUUUCGAGGAUGGUGAGAAGGUGUGGGGGCAAAUGGGUGCGAAGAAUGUUGCACCUGGCGUGAGGAGUUACUGUUCCAAGUUGGUGGGGUUGGCUGGGGAGAAGAAAACGGGUGAAGCUGUUGAGCUUUUUAGGGAAAUGGAGCAGGUGGGUGUGAAGCCUGACCUCUUUUGCAUCAAUGCUGUUAUCAAAGGUUUUGCGAAUGAGGGUAAUUUGGAUGAGGCUAAGAAGUGGUUUAGUGAGAUUGCAAACUCUGAUUAUGAUCCUCAUAAGAGUACUUACUCUACCCUCGUUCCCUUCCUGUGUGAAAAGGGUGAUUUGAAGACUGCAGUUGAGAUGUGCAAGGAGAUUUUCAAUAGCCGGUGCCGUGUUGACGCGUCAUUGCUGCAGCUCGUGGUGGAUAAGCUGGUGAGUGAGGGCAUGAUUUCAGAGGCGAAGGAGAUUGUGGAGAUUGGGAAAACCAAUAGGUACUGUCGCUAUAAGCUAAAUUUGCCUGCAGAAGAGUAG